UCUUCCAUCUCCAAUUCUCUCCAAGUCCACGUCGCAGCACAACUGCACAAGCCAAACCACCAAGACAUGAUCGACCUCUCUCUCUCUCUCUCUCUCUCUCUCUCUCUCUCUCUCCAGUGCCAGUCCCUCCUCUAUAUAAUUAAGGUCCCUUUUCACCAUCUCAUUCAUCAUCGUCCAUACUUCACCCAUCUCCUUCUUUGGCUAUCCUUCGCAUCUCUCCUCUUGCGUAUUCCAUUCUUGGCUGCGACCUACGUGCCUAGCUGCUUACCGUGCUACUUAGUUACAAAUCCUGCCUGCUUGGUGUGAUCGACACACGUGUACACAGAGCUAGCUAGCUGAAGCUAGACGGAAUAAUGAAGACGAUGGAGAUGGCGGCGCGUGAUCACCGAGAGGUGAGCAGCGACGAGGAGUCGGCGGCGGCGGGUGACCUCCGGCGCGGACCAUGGACGGUGGAGGAGGACCUGCUGCUCGUCAACUACAUCGCCGAGCACGGCGAGGGCCGCUGGAACGCGCUUGCCCGAUGCGCAGGGCUUAAGCGGACGGGGAAGAGCUGCCGUCUACGGUGGCUCAACUACCUGCGUCCCGACCUGCGGCGCGGCAGCAUCACGGCGCAGGAGCAGCUGCUGAUCCUGGAGCUGCACUCGCGGUGGGGCAACCGCUGGUCCAAGAUCGCGCAGCACCUGCCCGGGCGCACCGACAAUGAGAUCAAGAACUACUGGCGCACGCGGGUGCAGAAGCACGCCAGGCAGCUCAACUGCGACGUCAACAGCCAGCAGUUCAAGGACCUCAUGCGCUACCUCUGGAUGCCGCGCCUCCUCGAGCGCGUCCACUCCGAUGCCAAGCACGACGACGCGCCGCUGCCGCUCCCGGCGGACGACAGCGGCGCCGCCUCCUGGCCCAUUGACAACGCGAUCAAAAACCUCGUCCAGGGCGACAUGGAGCUGUCCUGCACCACCGCCGCGUCGUCGUCGUCCGUGUCGACCGAUGGCAUGCAACUGCAGCUGCAGCAGCUCGUCGUAUCCCAGCCACCGCUGGUGACCGCCGCCGGCGCCGAGAGCGCUUUUCCCGGCGGCAACCACGUCGCGUCGUACAGUAACAACAACACUGGCAGCAUGUGCGACACGUUGCGGCAACCACCACACGCAGAAUACCCGGCCCAGUUCGGCGCCGAGACGUGCUGGUCCGACGAGUCGCUGGUCCCGGGUCUCUCAGGCGUCUACGCCGACAUGGGUUUGCCGGAGCUUGGCGAGACCAUGUGGGGCGCCGGCGCCGACGACCUGUGGUACACGCAGAUAAUGGGGUUGUGAAAGCAAGUCCGCCGCUUCGAUUAUAUCGUUGACCGGACUGGCCCGGUACAGACGUGCUGGACGGGCGUCCAGCGCGCGAGACCUUGACAGAUGAGUGGAGAUGAAAAGAUGGACUCGAAGAAGGAUAUGGUUAUUAUUGGGGAGCUUCUGGUUAAUUUGGAGCUUAAUCCUCAUUGCUAUUUGCUAGCUCGCCAAUAAUUUCUUCUCCAGUUCUUGCACCAUCUUUUCCUCAAGUAUAUUAGUUACUGGAGCAGUAGCUUUUACUGGUAUGGAGUAGCAGUAGCUGUGGUUUACCAUGAGGUUAUGUACACUUGGUAAAUUAUUUAGUGUCGUCGUUGGUUCGUCGUUUUCACUGCCUUUUCUCCAUUCUUUCUUGGGUAAAUACGGACUGAUUGGUUUGUAACUUUGUGUAACGUUGAUGAUGAUCUGGAAGCCGUAAUAAAAGUU